AUGCUGAGCAUCAAGCAUAUGUUCUAUUUUUUCAAACUAUCCGGAGUAGCCACCAUGAAAUUCAAUACAAAUUUAAUCGAAACAGGAAGAGUGCAGGGUUCCUGGUUUUCAGGUUCCAGAAAAGGCAUAGCACACAACAUAGUUUUGAUCUGCCUCAUCUUCGUAUUCAACUGUUUCGGCGUUCGAACCGUAUACUACUGGAGCCACAUACAGUUCGAAAGGGUGAUCGACGUCGUUCUAUACGCGUACACUACUGUCAUCGCCAUCCUAAUCCUGAUAGUGUACUGUUUCCGGCAAAAACAAGCCAUCGCAAUUGCCAACAAACUGCAAAUCCUCCGCGAGUUCACCAUGAGUAUCAAUGGGCAGUUAAACCAAGGGGAACAGCUGGUAGUGAGCAGUUUGAAAAGGAUCAGCGUUGCACACCUAGUGAUAUGGUUCGCACUGAUCAUGUCCACUUCGACCGAGAUGUACAUGCUAGUGUACUCCAUCGCCACAUAUCCGUGCAUUCUGAUCAUCAACUGCACAAUUGUGCAGUACAGCGUUGUCCUGAAAUACUUAAGACAACUUUACGUUAUUCUUAAUGCCAACUUCUUCAACUGUUCGAAACAGUUUUCAGCAAAUACUUCCUCGGUGAGAACGAAUUCGUUAUCGGACUUACGCGAGCUGUACAUGUCGCUGUGCAACCUGUCAGCGGACGUGUCCGAAUUCUAUCAUCUGUUGAUGCUUCUCUGUCUGUCGUAUUUGUUCGUCACGUUGUUACUUUGGUGUUAUUACAUCGUGGCGCCCAUCUUCGUUAAGGCUACUGUAUUGCCCAUACUCUAUGGAUAUGUUCGGUCUUUGAUAAUUGUUAUUCAUCACGUGCUUAUGCUAGUUAUUUUGACCCAAAGCGUAAGCGCUCUUACUCGAGAGAAUAAAAAAACUGGAGAAAUCAUCAAUAAGGGAAUCUCUAAUCUAGGGAAUCAACGAGUUUUGAACGAGCUCAACAUGUUCUCCAACUAUUUACUUCACAAAGACAUGAAAUUCACCGUCUACGGGCUUUUUGAGCUAAAUGAAUCGAUUCUGAUGACGUUUGCAGGAUCGAUAACCACGUACUUGGUUAUCAUUUUACAGUUUCAUUCAAGGGAUUAA